AUUAUCCUGGGCAAUGCAACAAAAAGGUGCAAAAGCAAGUGCCCUGCAUGUCCAUUUGUAUAUGCAAACUUCUGGAAGCCAAAAAACUGCCCAGAGUGUAACUAUGAAAUUGGUGGAAGUUACAUUCCCAAGGAGAAAAAGCGAAAGAAACUCCACCCUGACUGUGCUCAUGUUGGUAGAAAUGUGUACUCUGUGAAAACAAGCACAAGAGGUGACAGAUGUUUUGUUGUGGCUGAUGCAGAAAACAAACUGUGUAAUCAGAAAAAAUGCAAAAGAAGACGUGCCCUGAUAGUCGCAAGUUCCACAGAAAAUAUCAGAAACUUCAGUUGUGAGCACAUUCAAAUGAUCGACAGUAGUGUCCAAAAUUGUAAAGUGUUUUACCUCACAAGACAAUCAAUAGAAAAAUACAGUGGGGAUUGUAAUGCAAAAGAUUUGCUAAAAAGUCUUUUGCCUUUUCUUGAGGGCAAUGAGAUGCCUGCAGUGGUGAACAUCUCUGAAGGUGUUUACGCUGUAUAUGGUCCCCCGAGUUCUGUGUCUCCAUUGGGUUAUGCACAUCUGUAUGAUCAGGAAAACUUCUACAAGUGCUCAGUGAAAAACUGUAAGGUUGCAACUGGUAGUGGUAGACAGCAAAAGAUCAGUAAAGUGUGCAUCCAUCAACAUGUGUUGUUUUGUGUCACAAAAAAAGAGCAUAUCAAAUCAAAUAGUAUACUGGAAAUAACUGGAGUUGAAACUGCAAAAGGAGCAUCAGCAACUGGUGAAUCAUCAACCAUUAGCAAACCAUUAACCUCUUGUGCUAGCGUGAGUCGUACUUCAACAGUAGACAUGAACAUGAAUCGGGUCUUGCCAUAUGAUAUUCCAAAUGACAUUUUGAAACAGGCACGGAAAAUGGAUGCGGCGACCAUUCUUGCUCUAAAAGAG